ACAACUUGUAUUCCGGGUGUACCAACAUGGCGGCGCCCUCGGCAAGUGCAAGACCUGUCCUGCGACUGCUGGCGUUACACGGUUAUCGGCAAAACGAGCGGAGUUUUAGGGAGAAGACUGGGGCUCUCAGGAAAAUCCUGAAGGGUCGGGCUGAGAUCGUGCACAUCACUGCCCCGCUGAUAAUACCGGAGCCCGGUGGGUAUGUCAUCAAAGAUGGAAACUCUGACUCUUCACAGGAAGAACCCAGAGGCUGGUGGUUCUCAAAUCCUGAAGACAACAGCUUUAACGCCAUGGACAACACAGAGGCAUGCUCCGGUUUAGAUGACUCAUUUCAAACUGUGGCCAAAGCAUUUACUGAACUAGGACCAUUUAAUGGCAUUCUAGGAUUCAGUCAAGGAGCUGCUCUGGUGGCCAUGCUGUGUUCUUUAAUGCAGAGAGGUGAUGUACGCUUCAAGUUUGAUUUUGCUGUGCUGGUUGCUGGCUUCAAAAGCCGGGCAUCAGAACAUGAAGAAUAUUACCAGCAGCCCAUUACUGUCCCAUCUCUUCAUGUUUACGGUGAAACGGACCGCGUUAUUCCAGGCCACAUGAGUCAAGAACUUGUCUUGCAUUUUGAGAAACCAGUUACUCUCACACAUGCGGGGGGUCAUUUUGUCCCUGCCUCAGCACAGCAGAAAAAGGUGUACUUAGAGUUUUUGAACAUGUUCAAUAAAUGUGUUUGAGUGA